ACAGGUUUACAGCGCGCUGAGACUAGAGCUGACGCAGGCUGAUAUUUGCCCGAACAUUAUGUUUAGAAAACUCAAAUGACUCGAAAAAGUGACCCAAGGUAUAUAUUUUAGAAUAUUCUGCAUGGUCUCUUCUUCUCUGGACACCGUCAUCCCGAUACCACAUCGAACGGGAUUCUGACAUGGCAAUCCAAGUACUUCUCAUUGGUUUUCUCGGCCUUGUUCAUGAUGUGGCAAUGCAGGGGUUACCCCCGAAUUUGAAAGAGCAGUCUCAAAGGCCUCACUUGACUGGCUGUGUUUCAAGAGAAAUGCAAUCAUUCUACUGCUCUUGGAGUGUUGGAACAUUCCAGAACCUCACAGAGCCUGGAGACCUCAGGCUCUUCUACACAUACGAUACACAAACAGAAUGGAAGGAAUGCCCUAAAUACACCUUACUGAGAGAAAAUGAGUGUUUCUUUGACGAAGAGCACACACAAUUUUGGGAGGAUUACAAAAUCGAGCUACGCUCGCGUGAUGAGUCAAUUAUCUAUGAUGAAGACCUUUUCACAGUGGAGACUAUUGUAUAUCCGGACCCACCUGUUGGGUUGAACUGGACCAUUCUGAGUGUGGGCAUGACCAAGAUGUACACUGAUGUACUCAUAAGCUGGGAGCCUCCACCAUCGGCAGCAGUGAGUGUGGAGGAAGGUUGGUUAUCCCUGGCGUACGAGACUCAUUACCGAGAGCCUGGUUCAGCCACUUGGAACAUACUGAAUGCAGACUGUGAGACCAAAAAAAACAUCUAUGGGCUUCGCACAAACACAGAUUAUGAAAUCAGAAUAAGAUGCAAGUGUAAAACUUCCAAUAACUUCAGCAACUUCAGUGACUCCAUAAUGAUCAGUGUACCAGCCACAGGUAGAAAAAGGCCUGGCUCCCUCACAAAGCAGUCUCCCCAUUUAGAUCAGUCUCAAAGGCCUCACUUGACUGGCUGUGUUUCAAGAGAAAUGGAAUCAUUCUACUGCUCUUGGAAUGUUGGAACAUUCCAGAACCUCACAGAGCCUGGAGACCUCAGGCUCUUCUACACAUUCAGUAUCCCACAAAAACCUGGAGAAUGGAAGGAAUGCCCUAAAUACACCUUACUAAGAGAAAAUGAGUGUUACUUUGACAAACGGCACACACAAGUAUGGGUGGCUUACAAAAUUGAGCUACGCUCGCGUGAUCAGUCCAUUAUCUAUGAUGAAGACCUUUUCACAGUGGAGACUAUUGUAUAUCCGGACCCACCUGUUGGGUUGAACUGGACCAUUCUGAGUGUGGGCAUGACCAAGAUGUACACUGAUGUACUCAUAAGCUGGGAGCCUCCACCAUCAGCAGCAGUGAGUGUGGAGGAAGGUUGGUUAUCCCUGGCGUACGAGACUCAUUACCGAGAGCCUGGUUCAGCCACUUGGAACAUACUGGAUGCAGACACAGAGACCAAGAAAUACAUCUAUGGGCUUCGCACAAACACAGAUUAUGAAAUCAGACUACGAUGCAAGAUGAAAAGUUCCAAUAACUUCAGCAACUUCAGUGAAUCCAUAAUGAUCAGUGUACCAGCCACAGAAUCAAGGGUUCCAAUAGCUGUAGGGUUCAUCUUUACAGCAGUGGGCUUUGCUGUCAUUGGUAUGCUGGUACUGGUCUCCCGACAGAAGAAACUCAUGGUGAUUUUCUUGCCUCCUGUCCCUGGCCCCAAAAUCAGAGGCAUUGACCCAGAACUUCUUCAGAAAGGAAAACUGUCCGAGCUCACCUCAAUUCUGACCAGUCAUGCUGUCCUAAGGUCUGACCUCUACAACAAUGACCCCUGGGUAGAGUUUAUUGAGGUAGAUUUAGAGAAGCCCAGUGCAAUUGAGCAGGAUCUGGAGACAGCAUUCCUCAUCGACAACUCCCCCUCUGACAGCACACAUCUGAUCAGUGAUUUCCAUGAUGAUGACUCUGGUCGGGCCAGUUGUUGUGAACAAGACCUGCCAGAGCCAGAGUCGGUGGAGUUUCGAACCCCUAUGCUGUCGUCAUCAUCGAAUCUUGAUCCCACUGCAACUCCCCGAACCGAAACCCAAUCGCAGGUGGUGGUGGCAACGUCUCAAGAUUCAUGGCCUGGCACGCCAGAUCUGUAUGCUCAAGUGAAACAAGUAACUCCAUUGGGAGAAGUGGUUUUGACCCCUGAGAAGCAGAACCAAAAAGGGGAGGCCAUCAAUAAACAGGACAAAAUGAAACGUGAUCAGACCAGGAAAGAGCCAGAUUUCCACUUGCUCGUGCUAGAAGAUGAGAAAGGCAACACCACUGAGCCAGGCGUCAACAUGAGCAUGAACCAAUCAACUGAAGAUCACAGCCCAUCCUUAUCCCCCACAGAGGAUGUCAAUUUCGCACCCCGUCAGCCAUUAAUGGAUUACCAAGAAUCACAGGUGGCCUCAGCAACAGCUCCAGAGUCGUCGGUUCCUCAAUCAUCAGCACAGCCCUCGCCAGAAUAUACUGUGGUGGAUGGCACUGAUCCACAGAACAGCCUCCUACUGAGAUCCAAUGCUCCUUUGGCUCCCAGCUCUUCAAACAUAAAACAGAUGCCCUCGCCAGAAGGGUACCUAUCCCCAGACCUUCUGGAUAGCAUUCCCUUUUGAAUGAUCACAAAAUAAAAACACUUCAUCAGAACUAUUGAAACGACUGCAGUAUGCAGAAUCUAAAUGCAGUCCAACAGGAUAGGCUACUGCUUCAUGUUAUUUUUUUUUAAACGUGCCAUAGGGCGUAGGUUUAAUAGGUCAUACUAUUUUGCUGUGUUUUUAUAUUAAGCCUCAGAGGUUUGUACCUGAUGAAGGGAAAUAUGACACUGUUAGGCAACAUCAAGUAGGCCACGUGGUCUAGGACAGGGAUGGGCAACUGCUGUGCCGCAUGUGUUCCUCCUCCUCAGUCAGUGCGGCCCGCGGAUCAAUUUUCAAAUGUCAUUACAACGUUCGUUUCGUUUCACAUGGUUUUUACCGCAUCUGAACCGGACCCUUAUUGUAAUGAUACUGUCCACCAAUAGGGACGCUUCCUACAUAGAAAAUCCAGUGGGGUUGAGAGUGUUCUUCACUGUGGGAGAAUGUGUAAUAUUUCUUUGUAAUGUUUUAAGUUCAUUGACUUCAUUCAUGAAUAGAAGCAAUAUUUAAAAAUGCAUUUGAGUAUAGAACAUAUGAAAUUAAUGUAUGUUGGUUUAAUUAAAUUGCAUACAUACUACAUUUAAUCCUAUUUAUCCCAGUGGUGGACAUGCGUGGUCACAUUUGACCUUCUGACAAGAAAAUAUUUGUAUAUUUGUGGCCCUCCCUAUUAUCAAAGUUGCCUAUCCCUGGACUAGGAUGGAGUAGCUAACAAGGUAUGUUAUGAGAAGGACUCAAACGGAUAAUGUAAAAUAUACAGAGCUAAUUAAGAGAUCUGUGAAAUACAGGAAUGGGUUUGAUACAUGGAGCUUAGCUGUUUGCCUAAUUCGGCUAAUUGCUGUAGAUGUGUCUCUGUUUACACAAAGGAAUUAAUUAGUUUACUAUUGUUUACUACUAUAAAUCGUGUUUACUAUGUUAAUCAUAUUAAUUGCUUUCAUUUAAUACAAAUCGGUCACCUACUAUGUGUGAAUGACCAGCUGACCAAAGGUAUAGCUCAUUAUGAACUGUGAAAGUGCUUGGAUCUACUUUUAUUUUUGUAGCUUAUGGGUAAAUUUCCCCAGUAUAACCUUGCUUUAGGCUUACUUCAGUAUUUAUUUCCUGAAGUCCAUCAUGUGAAAGCAGCAGUAGCUGAAUGUGCCUUAUCAGAUGAAAGUAGGCUAUUUCAUGUUGAAAAAUAACUAAUUGUAAAUAAUGUUUAACAUUGAAAUGUUUCUGAUAAGAAUGUAUUUUUGAAAAUGGUUAUCUUGUUUACAAAUAUAUGUGGAUUGUUUCAAACAAUUAAUAAAAAAUCUAUGAGCAA